AUGGCGAACCGGUGGUGGACCGGGCAGGUGGGGCUACCGGGGAUGGAAACAUCGGCGAGCUCAUCACCAAUGAAGAAACCAGAUCUGGGGAUAUCUAUGAAUGAUAACAGUGGGACCGGGAACAGCGGAGGUGGGAACGAGGAUGAAGAGGAGAGAGAGAACAGCGACGAGCCGAGAGAAGGCGCGAUCGAAGUUGCCACGCGGCGGCCAAGAGGCCGUCCGCCGGGGUCCAAAAACAAGCCGAAACCGCCGAUAUUUGUCACCCGAGACAGCCCUAACGCGCUGCGGAGCCACGUCAUGGAAAUAACCAACGGCGCUGAUGUGGCCGACAGUGUGGCACAGUUCGCCAGACGCCGCCAGAGAGGGGUCUGCGUGCUCAGCGGCAGCGGAACAGUCACCAACGUUUCGCUCCGCCAGCCGUCCGCGCCUGCCGCGGUCAUGGCUCUCCACGGCCGCUUCGAGAUUCUCUCUCUCACAGGCUCCUUUCUGCCCGGACCGGCGCCACCUGGGUCGACCGGACUGACCAUCUAUCUGGCCGGCGGACAAGGACAGGUUGUCGGCGGCAGCGUCGUCGGCCCUCUCCUGGCUUCUGGGUCGGUCAUGGUGAUGGCCGCCACGUUUUCCAAUGCCACGUACGAAAGAUUGCCCUUGGAGGAUGAAGAGGACGGCGGUGGCCCUGCCGUGCAGGGAGCAGUGGCGGGUGGAAGCUCUCCACCAGAGAUUGGCGGCAGCGGAAUGGGCGAGGCUUCCUCGAUGCCUGUCUAUAAUAAUUUGCCUCCCAAUUUGGUUCCCAACGGCGGGCAGUUGAACCACGACUCUUACCCUUGGCCUCAUGGCCGGCCACAGUAUUAG